GUAACAAUGACGUCAUAGGUAAAUUAAUGGCCGCACGCGGUUCAUUUCCGAUGGAUUUAAGUUUUAAGUUUGUUUUAAUUAAAAUUAGUGAUUAAAUCAAUAACUUGGGAGUUGCGUGAGUGAGGCCUGCCGUGUAGCGGCGUUCGGUUGCAAUGAUUCGGUUAGACCAAAGAAGUCUAGAUGUCCAGGGUACAGAGCGUGUGUUCAAAAAGGUUGUACACUCGGGGCAGAAUGCAAUACGGUUUGUUGAUAAAGAUGGAGUGCCAAUGCGUGUGCCAAACACGGCUGCACUUAGUCGCCUACACAGUACAUAUACCCUCAGUCCGCGAGGAGUGCCAACCAGAAAAUCAAAUCAUUCCUACAGUGGUCAACUUACACAGGCAAAAAUGCAAAACAUGGUAAGCAGUUUGGACACAACGUCACAAGAAAUGUCAUCAUACCCUUCUAUGCAUAGUUACGGAAAUGGGCUGAGUUCGGCAGGAUCGUCACGUCACUACAUAUCUACGGCUAACUCACAGAAGCGGCGAUCAUUUGGUCCACCAAGAUCGGUAAAAUCUAUGGCAAAAAGUGCAUCAACUCAGCGGUCACAAAGGAUGCUGGUUUCUGCACCAGGACCAGAUUUAUCUGUGGAACCUGAACUGGAGAAUACAAACGAAAGUCCUCAGGGGAAAAGACUUGAAAAAGAAUGGUCAGCUUUGUCACAGUGCCGAGCCCUCAAACGGUCGUCUGAGAUUGUGUCACACAGGGUAGACCGAAUGUACUUUAUGUCAGGCAAUAAACUAAAUUUACAGUCCAAAUAUCAUGUAGAAGAUAAAGAAUUACGGCAUUUAAGAGAUCUUCAGGCAGCACGUGCAUCAUCACGUGCUUCAAGGUCAGGUCAAUCAAGAAAAGGAGACAUCUAUAGACCUCACUUAUCAGCACGCAGUCAACAGGCAGGAUUGAGCAAUGGGGACGCAGGAACAGUUGUUGUUUCAGAUGAAGCCAAGAGAAAUAAUAGACUUGCUGCAGAAAAUGGACAUAAGGAAAACAGAGAUCCUCAGGUGUUGGUGACACAGAAGACCCUUACAGCAAGGCAACAUUCAGUCAGCAAAAGUCCAAUUCAAGGCUGGGCAGGAGAAGACCAACAAGAGAAAGACUCUGCAGUAGCUAAUGGUGUUGUUAAUGAUACCGCACUGCAUGACAAUGUACAAGGGAAUGAUGAAGAGGAAUUCAAAGGACAAAAUGUGUUUGUUACAAAUGCAAUAGAAAAUGGAGACAGUCAUGAUCAGGGUAAUGAUGAUAUUGGUGAAAAUAAUGGUGACGAUAAAAAAGAAAACAAACAUACUGAAAAAGAUGUUGAGAAAAUUGAACAGGAAAAUGAAGUGACUGAAAAAAUAGAAAAACUAGAAAUUGUGACUGAUGGUAAAAUGAAUGAUGAUGCUGGUAAAAAAGGUGAAAAGGGUAAUGAUGAUAGUAUAAGUGUUCACAAAACAGAGGAAACCUCAGAAUCAAGUGAUAAAGAUAAGACUGAAGUAAAAACAGAAGAUUAUCUUGGAAAGUGAAGCAUUAGAUUGAGUGCUUUAACUACUUGUAGAAGUUUUUGUAUAUGUAAUUUUAAGACAAAUUGGUGGUUUGUAACACAACUACUGAUGAAAGUAGAAAGAAAUGAUUUCUGGUACCUGUGAUAGUUAUUCUGUGAUACAAGACUAGGUCUUUAUAUGAAAAAAAUCAGCUUCUUGAUUAAAAGUCUUAGGGCCCAGAUUCAACAUUUUAAAUCUGAAAUCUGUUGACAAGACUUGAAUCAGAAAAAAAGCAAGUUGUAUUUUCUUUUAAAGAGCAUAUAUACUGCAAAAUAUUUUAAUGAUUUUCAAUUAUGUAUUCAUUUUCAAGGAAAUUUUCAUGAAAAACUGUAUAUAUAAUCAUAUUAUAAAACUAGAGUGUAAUAAAAAAAAUUCCAUUUUGAUUUAAGUCGAUAUUGCAGACUAAAAGCAUGUAUAAAAUAUAGACUGUUUAACUAAAUGUAUUAUUCUUUUACAUGACAUUGCAUUAUAAAGUACUGCAAUUCACAUAUCAUAUUGUCAAAAUUAAAUCCAAAGUGUAAAUCAGCUAAAUAAGAAUUUGCUGCUGUGGGAAUUUUGUAAUAUACACUUCUUUCAAUUGAUAUAUUACAUUGUCAGCAUUAAAUCUGGAGUGUCAAUUUCAGCUAAAUAGGAAUUUACUGUUGUGCCAAUUUUGUAAUGCACACAUGUGCCAAUUUUAUAUAUAUAUAUAAAUAUUUUAUUUAAGGGGCCAAGUUUAUUUAUAUUAUAUUUUUACAAAACAAUUAUUAUUGAUGCUCAUUAUUCUGCUCAUUAGAAAGAAUAAAAUUGCAAUUUUCCUUGUUUUAAUUUCAAGUGAUUCUAAAGGAUUUUUAGCCUAGCCAAUGCAUUUGAGUAUGAUUAUACAUACCUCAACAGAAUGAUUUACAUUUUAUAGAAAAAUGUUAGUCCGGUUUCAGAUUUAUAAAACCAGUCUCCAAAAUUAAUACUUCUUUGCCAUUGGUCAGAUUUUUUUAGUAAGCUCAGUCAACUCCUUAAGAUUUCAGACUGGUCUCUAAACUCACUUUAACAUUCUGGAACCAGUCAAUAUUUCAGAUGGACACCUCAAUGAUAAAAUGUUUAUACUGGUAGAUGUUCAUAUCCAUUCAAAAUUAAACUGGGGAUGUAUUGUUAUUUGAAUAUGAAUUUUAUUUCAAUUACAAGGUGAAAUAUAUUGUAUAUAUUAUACAGGCCUGUGUAAAUUGAAUUCUAAAUUUUUCUGCAAUGGGUAAACACAAGCAGCAUUUACUUUAUCUUUUUGUGUAAUAUAAUAUUCAUUUGUUCAGAUAAGUAUUAGUAUUUAGUAUUUUAUAUACAUUUUUUUAUUAUAUAUUUAAACAUUGACAGCUCAUUCAACUUUAGCCCACAUGUGACAUUAAAUUUUUUAUCACAUGUUUGACGUCGCGGGAGUGUAAUAAAGCCAUUAAAUAAAAAUGAUAAUACACUAGUGUAAUAAAGCUUUGACGUCGACGUCAUUUAUAGUAUAGGAGACGUUGGUCAAAUUGACUUGUUUAUAUAGUAAAAGAAAGUAGAAGUUUUGAUGUUUCAGACAGGAAAGGCUAACAUGUGAUAAAAAGAAUAUUACAUUUGUGACUUUCCACAUUGAAUUUAUUAAACUCGUUGAAUAAAAUUGAUAAAAUGCUCGGCAAAGCCUCGCAUUUUAUUAUUUUAUUCAACUUGUCUAAUAAAUUCAAUAUGGAAAGACACUUGUGUAAUAUCCUCUAUGUAUUUCACUUUACAGAUUGAGAAAAAGACAUCAUCUUAAAAAUGACCAUUAAUUUACAUUAAAAUUAAUUUUCAUACUGAUUACUGGUACAUUACUAACCCCACUUCUUUUGAAAUAAGUAGGUUGCAAUGAAGUAGAUAUUUUAUGUAAUAUAUUUGUUAUUUCAGUCUAUUUACAGUUGUUUCAUCAUGUUUAGAAGUAUUUCCUAUAUUAAGAGACGGUAAAUGUAUUUCAAAUACAGCUGAAACUAGGUAUCUCAAAUUUUCUUAUCUCAAAUCACUUGCCCCUCACCGAUGUGGGUUCGAGCCUCACUCAGGGUGUUUAAUUCGUCAUGUGGCCGUCUAGCUGGCUUACAGAAGGUCAGUGGUUCUACCCAGGUACCAGUCUGUGAUAAAAUAACGCAUGGAGGGGAACCUGGGGUCUUCCUCCACCAUCAAAGCUGGAACGUCUCCAUAUGACCCAUAAGUGUGUCAGCAAGAUGUUAAACCAAAAGAAAAAAUCUUUCAUCUUGAAGAAAUUAUAAGUCCUUUCAAAAUAUCCUGAUUGUGCGUAUUUUCACUCCGUUUAAGCCAACUUUGAAUACUACAACCCUUCAGCUAUAUCAAAGUAAAUUUGAACUUCUAUCAGUCAGAGUCCCAAGUUUUUAUGUCUAAAUGUGUCAAAGUAAAUACUUUGUUCUUGACAUACAAACCUGAUUAUGCAUUGAAAACAAAAUAGAUAAAACUAUUAACAAAAUAUAUUUCAGAUUGAUGAGUACUCUCAACAUGUAUAUGAAUUGUGUAUCUCAUGAAAUUGUAUAUGUCAUAUUUACGUGUACAUGAUGUGAGGCUACGGCAGAUUAUCGGGAAAAAAACCUACACCAAGCAUUUUUAGUUCCUUCGAAUUUGAGAUACCUUGUUUCAUUUGUAUAUCAUUUUCAUUCAUAAUUGAUGCAAAUGAAGUAUUAAAAUGGGCAGGUCUCAAUUUUUUCGAUUUAGAAAGUAUAAAUUGUAUCUUCAUUUAUUCAUAAAAAUUGUGAAUAAAAAAUAAUAUCUAAGUGUCACUAUGUGCUUUAGAAAGUAUUUUAUUAAAAAAUAAAAACUUGUUGUCAGUGAGGGUUUAAUUCUCACAACAAAAAUGUGAGGCGAAAUAGAAGGAAUUUACCUGAUUUUCAAACAUAAUCUUAAAAUAUCAACUUACAACUUAAAAUAUCAACUUAAAAAAUCUUUUGAUUAUGAUUCUUAAUACUUUUAACGUUUUUCUUUUUCAUUAUUGUUACUGUGAAAAGUUUUGAAAAAAAGUUACAGAAUUAUUUAAUUUAUAUUCUAUCCCAAUUUUUAAUCUACAGUCAGUGGUUCACAUUUUGUAUGUUACUGUCUAAUCAUGCUUGUGUAUCUCCUUAUCGGAUAAAAUAUAUUCUGUAUUGGGCGAUGCAAAAAAAAAUUGAUUUGAAUCUCCAUGUUAACUAAAUGACAAAUGCUGUUGACUUAUAAAUGUAUCUGCAUGAAUAUCAACAUCAGUAAUGCUUUACAUGAUAUUUCUAUAUAAAUUUAAAAGUUGAAAUCAGUCUGUCUGAAUGUUUUCAAUUUUUACAGUGAAAAAUAAGCAUAGAAUAAAGAUUUUUUAACAUUGCCCUGUACACUAUGGGAUAUAUUUGGACAUGUACCAGUCUGAAAAACAUAUUGGACUCAUCUGAUAGAUUUGUCAAAUGUUUCUUAGAAUUGUUACUCAUUCAAAUAUAUCCCAUAUAUGUAAGAAGAACGCUAAAUAACCUAAUAAUAAAAACACAUGCGCAGUCUGUAAAAAAUGUAAAAUGUACCUCUGGAGACACAACGCUUUAAAGGAGGGAGAUUUUGUAUACAUUGUAUGUAUAUAUAUGCACCAACCAAAAGUUUCUGUGAUAAGUGUAUUGACUGGUUUUGUUUUCAUCAGUCUAUAUGUAAGACAUCCGUCUGUGAUAUUGUUAAUUGCUCAUGAAAAUAUAGAUUAUGAACCAAUAGUCAUCGAUGACUUUUUCAAAUUUUGAAAAUUCAUGUUGUUCUUUGGUGAGUUUUUAAGAAGACAUGAUUUUAGAUGCAGAAUAAGUAACCAAAAAUAGUUAAUUGCUGCUGUGCUGAGAAAACCUCAUAAUUAUGUCAUUUUUUGGCAAACUUUCAUUCAUGCAUUUAAAUGGCAGAAAUAACUGGUUUUAUCAUCUGCUAAAAUGAAGAGGUCAACAACCUUUUGGAAAUUCGCUGAAUGAUCACCUGAAAAUAUCCUAGAUAUUUGGUGGGGUUUUUUAUGCUCAGAAAACCAGGUUAUAAUUUUUCUUCGUUAUUUUGAAAAGUACCCAAAAAUUCACAAGACUUUUUUCAACCUUUUUAUAAAUACCAAAGUUGAAAACCUGUUGGAAAGUUGCUCAAUAAUCAAAUGAAAAUACCCAGGAUUUUCAUUUUUCUUAUUUUUAGCUCGACUAUUCGAAGAAUAGUCUAGCUAUUCUACUCACCCUGGCGUCGGCGUCGGCGUCGGCGUCACACCUUGGUUAAGUUUUUGCAUGCAAGUACAUACACCCAUCAAUUAAAGGCAUAUAGCUUUGAAACUUAUUUUUUCUUUUUCUAGGUCAAUUACCAACCUCUCUGGGUCAAGUCCCAUAACUCUGACAUGUAUUUUGAGCAAAUUAUGCCCCCUUUUGGACUUAGAAAAUUUUGGUUAAAGUUUUACAUGCAAGUUACUAUCUCCAAAACUAAUGCAGAUAUUGAUUUGAAACUUCACAUGUGUCUUCGGGGUUAUAAAACUAGUUGAUAGCAGCAAGUCCCAUAACUCUGACUUUCAUUUUGGCCAAAUUAUGCCCCCUUUUGGACUUAGCAAAUUCUGGUUAAAGUUUUGCGUGCAAGUACAUACAGCUAUUUCUAAAAGGCAUAUAGAUUUGAAACUUAUUUUUUCUUUUUCUAGAUCAAUUACUAACCUCACUGGAUCAAAUCCCAUAACUCUGGCAUGUAUUUUGGGCAAAUUAUGCCCCCUUUUGGACUUAGAAAAUUUUGGUUAAAGUUUUACAUGCAAGUUAUUAUCUCCAAAACUAAUGCAGAUAUUGAUUUGAAACUUCACAUGUAUCUUCGGGGUUAUAAAACUAGUUGAUAGCAGCAAGUCCCAUAACUCUGACCUUCAUUUUGGCCAAAUUAUGCCCCCUUUUGGACUUAGCAAAUUCUGGUUAAAGUUUUGCAUGCAAGUACAUACAGCUAUUUCUAAAAGGCAUAUAGAUUUGAAACUUAUUUUUUCUUUUUCUAGAUCAAUUACUAACCUCACUGGAUCAAGUCCCAUAACUCUGGCAUGUAUUUUGGGCAAAUUAUGCCCCCUUUUGGACUUUGAAAAUUCUGGUUAAAGUUUUACAUGCAAGUUUCUAUCUCUAAAACUAAUGCAGAUAUUGAAUUGAAACUUCACAUGUGCUUUCGGGGUUAUAAAACUAGUUGAUAGCAGCAAGUCCCAUAACUGAUAUGCAUUUUGGUCAAAUUAUUCCCCCUUUAGAACUUAAAACUCUUUUGAUAUUUAACCUUUUUGGGUAAUAUUUUCCUGCUUCUGGGACAAUAUUUUGAAUAGUCGAGCUUGGCUGUCUUACGGACAGCUCUUGUUUAUUUCAAAAGUAUGUAAAAAAAAAAAAAGCCAUCACUCGUUCAGUUUUUUUUUUUGUCUCCUGAAAAGAGACCAAAACUGACAUACAAGAGUUUUGAAGAACAACGACAAUAUGAAACUCGACAUAUAAUACAGCCUUUAGUGCAUGUGUACUGUAAAUCAGAGAUAUUUCCCAAGGGGUUGAUAUUAACUUUUGCUGUAUUUACAACUGAUUUCUCUGUACAUAAAUUCUAUGUGAUAAUUUAAUUUUAAACAUAUCCUAUGCCUUACACCAAAAUUUUGGGGGGUCCAGGUAAUAUUCUUAGACCAAAAGAACAGAAGAAAACAAACUUAGAGAUCAUUGAGAUUAGUUGGAGAUUAAUUUUCACUCCAAAAGUUUUAGCCGAAACAACAAAAUUAUAUGCAUGAUUUAGUUCUUUACAGUUAUAAAAUGCUGCUCAAUAUAAAUUUCAAAGAGACCAGAGAAUCACAUCAUAUGUUCCCAGUAUUUUUGUGCAAUCUGAAUGUUUGUACAUCAUUAUGUAUUCAUAUUUUUACAUUUUAAUCUGUAUGUUUCAUUUCAACUGCGAACCAUCUUUUCAUACUUUAAUAAAUAAAUUUCUGAUUAAA